AAGCCUGAUAGUCUCAAGACAGACAACGGGCCUGCCUACACUGCAAAGUCCUUUCAGGCAUUUUGCCAGACAAUGCAGGUCGGUCAUACUACAGGAUUACCAUACAAUCCUCAGGGUCAAGGAAUUGUGGAAAGAGUACAUCGUACCUUAAAAGAGCUUAUACAAAAACAAAAAGAGGGAUUUGCCAGCAGCCAAACACCAAAAGAACAACUUUCUUUAGCUCUUUUUACUCUAAAUUUCUUAAUUCUGGAUGCGCAUGGCCGCUCUGCUGCGGAUCGCCAUGCUACUACUACACCUAUAACUAAUGCAGAAGUAAAGUGAAAGGAUGUCUUAACUGAUGAAUGGCGUGGCCCAGAUCCCGUGAUUUCAAGAUCUAGGGGAGCUGUGUGUGUUUUUCCGCAGAAUCAAGAAAAUCCAAUUUGGGUACCUGAGCGCUUGACUCGAAGAUUGCCUUCUGCUCUUCCUGAAGAUGAGACUACGAACCCUACUAUUACUGAGAAUGUAUGCUGCUCUAGAAACCAUGAUUCUGAAGAUGUGGAGACCCGCUGCUGACUUUGAGAAGAGCCAAGCUUAGAGCUGUGAGAGCCUCUUGGAGCAGGGCUGAGGUGUGAGAGGAAGAUUUGGGGUCUGCUGUGUCACCUUGGCCCUGAGCUGUUCCUGAUGAAGUCACGGCCUUUCAAAGCUGGGAGCCAAGAGAAGCAGCUCAGCGGACAUGGGAAUUUACUGCAAGCCCUCUGUGCUCUUCCAGGACUCCUACCUCCUGGUCCUUACACAGCUGCUUUGCUGGGUGACCACAAAGGGUUUCCGGGUCUUUGGUCCCUCAGACCCCGUUGUGGUCGCACCAGGUAGGGAAGCCAUACUUCCCUGCUCCGUGUCUCCAGCCAUGAGUGUGGAGAACAUGGAGGAGCUGAGGUGGUUCCGCACCAGAUUCUCAGAAGCAGUAUUUGUCUAUCGGGACCAAGAGGAGCAGAAGGAAGAGCAGAUGAUUGAGUAUUCUUUGCGGACCUCGCUGGUGAAGGAUCAAUUCCAUGAAGGCAAGGCUGCUGUGAGGAUCCAAAAUGUCCAGGAGUCAGAUAGUGGGAUACACGUCUGCCACUUCAAACAGGGAGUGCUCUAUGAAGAGGCCAUCUUGGAACUGAAGGUGGCAGCGAUGGGCUCUACUCCUGAAGUGUACAUCAAAGGUCCAGAAGAUGGUGGAGUGUGUGUUGUGUGCAUGACUUCAGGGUGGUACCCGGAGCCCCAGGUGCACUGGAGAGACUCCACAGGAGAGGAUCUCCCAGCAUCCUCGGAGACCCUCCAUGAAGAUGCUGAAGGACUGUUCAGCACAGAGACCUCACUGGUGCUGAGAGACAGCUCUGUGAGGAAUGUGGCCUGCUCCAUCUUCAAUCCCGUCUUGGGUCAGGAGAAAGCCAUAGCCAUUGUCAUCCCAGAGCCCUUUUUCCCUCAGGCCUCUCCCUGGAAGGCAGCUUUUAUUGUGAUCCUGACCAUGAUGGGACUUCUAGUCUCAGGCACAAGCUAUCUUCUCAUAAGAGAACAUUCUGGAAGGCUGAAGUUGCAGCAGGAAUGGAGCCAUUUUCAGCUUGAGAAGGAUGAGUUACAGACGAUAAAGGAGGAUGCUCUGAGGACUGCUAGUGCACUCAGGGAGGAACUUGAUAGGAGGAAAGCCACCUACAAUCGCGCCUGGAGGAAGGCCCAGCUGUAUGCAGAUUGGCGCAGGGAACACUUCCAGGCCUGGACUUUCACUCUGGAUCCAGCCUCUGCCCACCCCACCCUUGUCAUCUCCCAGGAUAGAAUGAGAGUGACCCGGAAAGACACCAAUGAACUCUUCCGUGUGCUAUCCAUCGACCUCUUCAGUGUGCUAGGCACCAAAGGCAUCUCUUCUGGAAGAUAUUACUGGGAGGUCAAGCUGGCAAAUGGAGAAGGCAGCAAAUGGAGUCUGGGGGUCUGUAGGGAGGUUGUGGAGAGGAAAGACUUUUAUUUUGAGAGUCCAGAGAAGGGGUUUUGGACAGUGGGGCAGUCUAGUUGUGGGUAUUUUGCCUAUGUUGAACGUGGGAGGGCUUCCUUAUCCAUCAGGCAAGCUCCACAGAGUGUGGGGGUGUUUGUGGACUACGAUGAAGGGGAAAUCUCCUUCUAUAACAUGAGUGACAUGUCCCACAUUUUCUCCUAUGAGGCUUCCUUCUCUGGGACUCUUCUUCCAUACUUUCGGCUUAAGUCUGGAAAUGUCUCGAUGACUGUCAGCACCAUGGCCUGUGUGUCUGAGGGGCAGGAGGGAGAAGAGGGAGAGAAAGGGGAGGAACAAGAGGAGGGCAAAGAGGGGGAAGAAUGUCAGCUCUUGUCCCAUGCCAGGGACACUCUGUUCCCAUAGUGUGGAUCACUGCCUAAGUCGUCAAUGUGACUCCAUGUGGGAGUGUAAAGUAUUUUUAUAUUUAAUGUAAUUUUAGAUUAAAUGUUUACAUUUCAUGUAAAAUAGCAAAUUGUACAUUCUGGUGUGUAAAAAUUGUCUCAAUUUUCAGUAUGUAUUAAUAAAGUUUUAUAGGAA